CCCGAAUAUUUAGAGGAUUGUGUAUAUUUUAUUUAAAUUAAUGUGUGUUGAAAUUAUAUGACUAUUAUAUUAGUUUUGAUGUCGUAACUAUUAUUUUUUAAACAUAUUCAGUGAGUAGAUCAAUAUGUGAUUAUUAUAAAGAGUAUCGUAUAACUGCAUAUAUAUAUAUACAUUUUACCAAUAUAUGAUAAACAAAUGUAAUUUAGUAGCCUUUUCAAAUUUAAUUUAAUGAUUAGUAAGUUUAUGACAAAAAGGAUUAGUAAGAUUAUGAUUUGUUAUAUACAGCUGUAUUUUCACUUACAAUGGAGAUACAUUAUCUGACAUAACUGAAAACUAUACGUGUUGUGUAACAAAUGCAAGAAAAUAUUCAACUCUGUUUGAAUAAUGUUAAUUACUAACCUUAGAAAUCCAAUUUAACGAUAAGAUUUGUUCUGCUAAUAAUAUAGCUGUAUUUUCAUUUAUCAUGAAAAAAUAUCAUAAGUGGCAAACUAAAAAUUAUUCGUGUCGUGUAACAAAAAAAAAAGAUAAAGAAGGAUUCAAUUAUAGUAUCUGAGCAUAUGGUAUUUAUUUGGAUAAUUUUGACUAAUAACCUUUUGAAAUCUAAUUUGAUGAUUAGUAAGAUUAUGUUUUUUAUAUAUAGCUGUAUUUUAUAUAUAAUGAAAAUACCAUAUGAAAAUUAUACGCAUCGUGUAACGAAAAAGAAGAAAAGAAAUUAAUAAGAUUCCAUUAUAUUCGAAUAACUUGAUUCAAAAUUCAAAUAGUACAAGGAUAAUGCAAUAACUACACGUGUAGUAUCAUCUUGUAUAGCUCUUAUGAUUUCCACUUUAUCCUAAAUUAAUACUACAAAAUGAUGUAAUCCAUCAAAAAAUGAAAAAAAAAAUAAUGAGAAACAAAUAUUACAAGAAUUGAAAAGGAGAAACUCGUGAAGUUUACCUUUGUCACGAGAUAAAUACCACUUAGAAAUAAAUAUAUUGCAAUAUGCCUUGUCACAAAACCGAUCAACAUAAAUGAUUCGUUACCUGAAACUAUUAUUUUGUAAAAAUAGUAUGUCUGUAUCUGACGUGCAUCAUAUAUGAUAUGAUUCAGAGGAUUGCAUGUAAGCCAUCGUAUGUGUACUUGGUUUCGAAGAUAACGGCCUGUGCCAUAUCUUUUCUUUUAAAGUAAAUUCAAUUUUCAGAUGGAUACAAGAGAAUGAGAAUUAGAAGAAAAAGCCAAAUAUGCCCUUCAAAUCCAUAGCUAUGGAAGGAAAAUAAUCCCACAGAAACACAUUCCAUGCAUCCAAUCUCUCUCUUCUUUCUCUCUCAAGAGUACAGUCAGAUACAAUCUCUGAUGGGAAGUCGGUUCUGUCGUUAUAUAAUCCCAUUAAAUUUAUUUUCUCUCUCACCAGUUCUCAUCUUUCUCUCUCUAGUUUCACAAUCUCUCUUCUUCACUAAGUCUUUGAUAAAAACAGAGAGGAGGAGAAAAAGGCUUCUAACUUCUAAGCCAUGUCUCUACAAUACUAUGCUCUUAACUCUAUUCAAAGUAACAACUUGUUCAGUACUAAAACAACAGUUUCUCCUUCUAGUUCUUCUCUCUCUUCUUAUGUCCUUAAGAUCUCAGGAUCACCGCUAAGUUUGGGGAGCGACAAACCCAGAAGCUGCUCCAUAUAUUGUACAAAACUUCGAACUCAAGAAUACCCUAAAUCUCACGAAAUUCAACAUGAUAUACCUCUAAUACAGUGGCAACAGCUUCAAGGAGAUGCUCCUCAGAUUAGUGUUGGAAGUAAUGAUAUUGCAAUCGAAGAAGCAGUGAAAAGAGUGAAGUCCAUUUUAAAAAACUUAAGUGACGGUGAAAUUACGAUAUCGGCAUAUGACACUGCUUGGGUUGCUUUGAUCGACGCCGGAGAUAAAACUCCGGCAUUUCCCUCCGCCGUGAAAUGGAUAGCCAACAAUCAGCUAUCCGAUGGUUCAUGGGGUGAUGCCUACCUCUUCUCUUAUCAUGACCGUCUCAUCAACACACUUGCCUGCGUCGUUGCUCUAACAUCAUGGAAUCUCUUUCCUCAUCAAUGCCACAAAGGAAUCAUGUUUUUUAGAGAAAAUAUCGGAAAGCUAGAAGAAGAAGACGAUGAGCAUAUGCCUAUUGGAUUCGAAGUAGCCUUUCCUUCAUUACUUGAGAUAGCUCGAGGAAUAAACAUAGAUGUACCGUACGAUUCUCCGGUCUUGAAGGAUAUAUACGCCAAGAAGGAGCUAAAGCUAACAAGGAUACCCAAAGAGAUAAUGCACAAGAUACCAACAACAUUGUUGCAUAGUUUGGAGGGCAUGCGUGAUAUAGAAUGGGAAAAGCUAUUGAAACUUCAGUGUCAAGAUGGAUCUUUCCUCUUCUCUCCUUCCUCGACCGCUUUCGCAUUCAUGCAGACCCGAGACAGUAAGUGUCUUGGGUAUUUGCGCAAUGCCGUCAAACGUUUCAAUGGAGGAGUUCCCAAUGUAUUUCCUGUGGAUCUUUUCGAGCACAUAUGGAUCGUGGAUCGCCUACAACGGUUAGGGAUAUCGAGAUACUUUGAAGAAGAGAUUAAAGAGUGUCUUGACUAUGUUCACAGAUAUUGGACAGACAAAGGCAUAUGUUGGGCUAGAUGUUCCCAUGUCCAAGAUAUCGACGAUACAGCCAUGGCAUUUAGGCUCUUAAGACUUAAUGGAUACAAAGUUUCCGCGGAUGUGUUCAAGGUCUUCGAGAAAGAAGGAGAGUUUUUCUGCUUCGCGGGCCAAUCAAACCAGGCGGUGACUGGUAUGUUCAAUCUAUACCGGGCAUCGCAAUUAGCGUUUCCAAGGGAAGAUAUAUUGAUAAACGCCAAAGAAUUUUCGUCCAAGUAUCUACAACAUAAACAAGAGAAAGGAGAGUUGCUUGAUAAGUGGAUUAUAAUGAAAGACUUACCUGGCGAGAUUGGGUUCGCGUUGGAGGUUCCAUGGUAUGCAAGCUUGCCUCGAGUGGAGACGAGAUUCUAUAUUGAGCAGUAUGGUGGAGAAAACGACGUUUGGAUUGGCAAGACCCUUUAUAGGAUGCCAUAUGUGAACAAUAAUGAAUAUCUGGAAUUAGCAAAACAAGACUACAACAACUGCCAAGCUCUGCAUCAACUCGAAUGGGACACUUUCCAAAAGUGGUAUGAAGAAAAUUGGUUAAGUGUGUGGGGUGUGAGUAGAAGCGAGCUUCUAGAGUGCUAUUACCUAGCGGCUGCGACUAUCUUUGAGGCAGAGAGGUCACAUGAGAGAAUGGUUUGGGCUAAAUCAAGUGUAUUGGUUAAAGCCAUUUUUUCCUCUUUUGGUGAAUCCUCUGACUCAAGAAGGAGCUUCUUCGAUCAAUUUCGUAACUAUAUUGCCAAUGCUCGACAAAGUGAUCCUUACUUCAAUAACAGGAGUAUAAGAUUGGACCGACCAGGAUCGGUUCAGGCGAGUGGGCUUGUCGGAAUCUUAAUCAGAACUUUGAAUCAGAUAUCGUUUGAUCAUUACAUGUCUCAUGGUCGUGACGUUAUCAGUAUCCUCUAUCAAUCGUGGGGAGAAUGGCUGGAGAAAUGGAAAUUAGACGGAAAUGAAGGACAUGGAGAGCUCCUGGUGAAGAUGAUAAUUCUAAUGAAGAACAAUGACCUAACUAACUUAUUCACUCAUCCUCGCUUUGUUCGUCUCUCAGAAAUCAUCAACCGAAUCAAUCUUAUUGCCCAAUACCUAAAGACAAUGAGAAACGAUAAGAAAGAGACGACAAUAGAGAGAAUGGAGUAUGAGAUGGAGCAAAUGGUUGAGUUAGUAUUGUUGGAGGUUGACACACUCCGUGAUGUCAGCAUCACGUUUCUCGAUGUUGCUAAAACUUUUUACUAUUCUGCUUCAUGUGGUGAUCAUCUCCAAACUCACAUGGACAAAAUCUUGUUUCAAAAAGUUCUAUAACCUUAUCAAUAUCGAUCCAUGCCGGUUGUAUUUAAUUACGUAAUCAAUGGAUAGUCGAUUCAUGAAUCGAUUGUUUUUUGUAUAUAUGGAUAUGUGGAGAAUGAGAAUAAAUUAAAUCAUGUACAAGUCAAA